AUGGCAGUCUUAAGAGUUAAGUUUACCAAGACCAAAAGAGACAAGCUGGCCCAGGUGCUCUGGAUCCUAAACUGGAUCUCGGUAGUUACGGGGGCCAUCCUGUUCAGCCUAGGCCUCUUCCUCAAGGUGGAGCUCCAUAAACAAGGAGAGGUGAUGGCUGAGAGGGACAUCCAGUAUGUUCCCAACACGCUUAUAGCUGUGGGUCUCAUCGCUUGUGCCAUAAACUUCCUGGGUGGGAAAAUCUGCUACGACUGUGUGGACACCACCAAGUUUUUGCGCUGGAAGUUGAUCAUGCUGCCCUACAUCAUAUGCACCUUCUUCUUCACCUUUUGUGUGCUGGUAGGGGCUCUGAUGUGUUACUGCAUGCACUGGGAACUGGAAGAGUCUCUGAACCUGGGACUGACAGAGGCCAUGAGGUUUUAUAAGGACACAGACACACCAGGACGCUGCUUCCUAAAGCGCACCAUGGACAUGCUGCAGAUGCAGUUUCAGUGCUGUGGAAACAACGGUUAUAAGGACUGGUUUCAAAUUCAGUGGAUAAGCAACCGUUACCUGGAUAUGUCCCAAAAAGAGGUGGCGGACCGAAUCAGGAGUAACGUGGAUGGAAAGUACCUACUGGAUGGAGUCCCAUUCAGCUGCUGCAACAUCAACUCCCCCCGGCCCUGCAUCCAGCAGCAGAUCACCAACAACUCUGCACACUUCAACUACGAGCACCAGACGGAGGAGCUAAACCUUUGGAUGAAAGGGUGUCGACAGGCGCUGCUGGAGUACUACAUACACAUUAUGCAGUCCAUCGGCCUCACAGUCCUCAUCACCUGGUUAUUUGAGCUAUCAGUGUUGACCGGGGUUCGUUACCUCCAGACUUCUCUGGAAAAUGUCCUGAGACAGGGAGACCCCAACUCCGAAUCAGAUGGCUGGCUGCUGGAAAACAGCUUCAUGGAAACUGCCCGCAUGAACCUGAAUAUCAUCAAGAGCCUUGGCAAGGGUAACCAGAUAGACACAGCCACUAAUGGAGACCCCAACAUUAACGUCCCCUCCACCUCAAAAGCACACUAUGGUCCUGACAAUGUUCCACCAAAGCAAAUAACUGAAGACAGCUGAACUUUUUCAUUCAAAAGACUUCAAUGGACGACAUUCCUGAAGCCCACAAAGGGCCU